CUGACGGGUCCGCCGUUUUCCAGACGUUAGUGUCCUAAGCAUAUCAAAUAAAUCCGAGUACACUACAAAGAAAUCCGUCUGUCUCACAACUCCGUGGUAUACAGUACCGUGUCCCUUUAAAAUCCUCUGACUAAAAACCCAUAUGAUCCCAGAGCUCCAAUCACCAAUUCCUUCUGCAAAAGCAGCCUCUGCAUUCUGCUCCGUGUGAAUGCUACUGGGGGGCAAGGACCGGGGAAGAGGGGAGAGCUGAAGAAAUGUGAAAUUCAACGAUCCUUUUCAUGGCGAACGGAAAGCAGAUGCAAAGGGAGUUAUACUGGGACUCCUGUGAGCCUCGACCCACCGGAUCAAAAUGCUCCUAGUGGAGAAGACCUCCGACUUCCCCACGGCCGAGUUCUCUCUGGUGGAGGAUGUGGCGCUGCACUUCACUUGCCUGAUGGAGCGGCUCAAUCAGCAGCGCCUCUUCCAACCCGCCCUGUGUGACGUGGACAUUGUCCUGGUGCGCCAGCGCAGCACCUUCCCCGCCCACAAGGGGGUACUGGCGGCCUACAGCCCCUUCUUCCACUCCCUGUUCGCCCAGAGCAAGCAGCUGCGGCGCGUGGAUCUGUCGCUGGACGCCCUGACCUCGCAGGGCCUGCAGCAGAUCCUCAACUUCAUCUACACCUCCCGCCUGCUGGUGAGCAGCCGCUCCGUUAGGGACGUGCUCAACGCCGCCACCCUGCUGCGCAUGAGCGACAUCGCCGCCUCCUGCCGCGACCUCAUCUGCAGCCAAUCGCUGAGGACCGUCGCCGGGGCCGACAUGACCAAGCAGGGGGGCCUCGGAGACGCGGCCCCGGGGACGAGGCCCGCGCCCGGCCAGCUGUACCGGGAGAUCAAGCAAGAGUCGGAGGGGCUGGGGAGGGUGUACACCACCAGGGAGGGCAGCAGCCCCUUCUCCGUCAGGGUGGAGGAGACCCCCCUAGGGAAGAGCCAGCAAUACUACCCGGGGGAGGGGGGUCCGGGAGACGGUGUCCUGGGGGCCCUCUGUAAGCUGGAGGUCAAGGGGCCGCUGGAGUCAGGGGUCCCUGAGGGCCACGCCUCCUUCAACCGCGACCAGAUCAUCGUUGAGGUUAACCUCAACAACCAGACCCUUAACGUGUCCAAGGGGCCGGAGGGGGUGCAGGGCCCCGGGCCCCCCGAGACCCCCGGCCGGUCCACUCAUCGCUGCGGCAAUGGGGGGGCUUCUGAGGAGGAGCAGGAGGAGGAGAAUGAAGAGGAGGACGGAGAAGAUGAAGACGGGGCGGCUUUUGAAGAGGGAGAUGGAGGGCCCGACGCUCUGGGGCCAAGCAGCGAGGAGGAGGAAGAGGAGGAGGAAGAGGAGCAGGAGGAGGAGGAGGAGGAGAACAGCCUGGACAUCCCAGGCCUGGAGCUGCCGGGCCAGCUGAUUGAGAGGCCCCAGCGGGGGUCCCGGAGGCUGGCCAUAGGGCAAACGUUGGCCCACGCCUCACUGGCCAAUGUGCGGCAAGGGGGGCGCAAGAGGAGCCUGGACCCCGAGGGCCCGGUCCAAAAGGUGCGGCUGGAGGAGAAGCAGCACUUCCCCUGUAAGAAGUGCCCCCGCAUCUUCAACAACCGCUGGUACCUGGAGAAGCACAUGAAUGUCACACACAACCGCAUGCAGGUCUGCUCCCACUGCGGCAAGCGCUUCCUGCUGGAGAGCGAGCUGCUGCUGCACCACCAGACGGACUGUGAGAAGAGCAUCCAGUGUGUGACGUGCGGCAAGGCCUUCAAGAAGCUGUGGUCCCUGCAUGAACACAACAAGAUCGUCCAUGGCUACGCAGAGAAGAAGUUCUCCUGUGAGAUCUGUGAGAAGAAGUUCUACACCAUGGCUCACGUGAGGAAGCACAUGGUCGCUCAUACUAAGGACAUGCCUUUCACCUGUGAGACGUGUGGGAAGUCGUUCAAGCGCAGCAUGUCUCUGAAGGUCCACUCGCUGCAGCACUCUGGGGAGAAGCCCUUCAAGUGUGAGAACUGCAGUGAGCGGUUCCAGUACAAGUACCAGCUGCGCUCCCAUAUGAGCAUCCACAUCGGACACAAGCAGUUCAUGUGCCAGUGGUGCGGCAAGGACUUCAACAUGAAGCAGUACUUCGACGAGCACAUGAAGACCCACACAGGAGAGAAGCCGUACAUCUGUGAGAUCUGUGGUAAGAGCUUCACCAGCCGGCCAAACAUGAAGCGCCACCGCCGCACGCACACCGGCGAAAAGCCCUAUCCCUGCGAGGUGUGCGGCCAGCGCUUCCGCUUCUCCAACAUGCUCAAGGCCCACCGCGAGAAGUGCUUCCGGGUCAGCAACCUGUCACUGGUCGCCGACGGCAACGACCCCUCCCUGGAACUCCCCCACGGCCCUUCCAACGCCGUCGUUUCAGUGAGCACGCCCCCCGCCGAUGCUGUCUCGGGGGCCCGCCCCCUCCAGCUGCCCCCGGCCGGGCCCCACCUCCCCCCCCCGCCCCCACUGUUCUCCGCCGGCAGGAUGAACUCCGGCCGCUGACCCCCCCCGCCCCUUCUCACUCAGACUCUGAGGGGGGACUCCUGAGGGUAAGGGUAAGAGCGAUGGACCUCAGUGACGUUUGCACAGAGGGGACAGCCGCCAUGUUGGAAAACAAAAUGGCUACCACAGUAUGCAUACAGUGUACGUAUAUACAUCUAUAAAUACAUAUAUAUCUACAGAUAUAGUCACGCCAUGGCUUCCACUGUUUAGUUUUGCAGUAAGUGGAAGCUCCUGGUGACAUGUGACAACACUCAACUACUACACAGAGAAAUAGUUACUUUUUUUACUCGGUGAAUACAAUAGAUAACCUCACAGUCUGAUGACCUCACAGUCUGAUGACCUCACAGUCUGAUGACCUCACAGUCCGAUGACCUCACAGUCUGAUGACCUCACUUUUGGACUCCUCAACUAGUUUCACACACACUCUCAUCACCCUGUGUAUUACACUUCAUGUAGGGAUGUUCACAGACUCACACACACACACACACACACACACACACACACACACACACACACACACACACACACACACACACACACACACACACACACACACACACACACACACACACACACACGUACAAACACAUGUACCCACACACACACACACACACAUACAUACAUACAUACAUACAUACCAGUGGCGGCUGGUGGUUUUUAAAGUGAGGGAGGAAGGACUGCGUGCUUGAUUGCCAUUGGCCUGCUUGCACUGUUGGUGUAUGGUGGCAUAAGAAUGUGAGACUCAAGUUGUUUCAAGGUGUUUUGGUGAACUACAAAAUAGCAGGGAGGGAGUUAUGUGAAUACAAUUUAUACAAAGCCACCAGUGGCAUCACUGUAAUUUGAGAAGGAAAGGAUGCAAAGCAUAUUAGUCAAAUCAGGCCUACUAUUGAUUUGUAAAAGUAAAUAAAAAAAUCUGGGCCUAUCAUUGGGCCUAGAUCUCGACGGGUGUCAAGAUCACGUUGGUGCACUUGUCGUGGCGUUUGGUUGCCCUAUCAAGAUUUACCACAUCAGUGAAACCAUGAACAGCCCACGUUGGAGAUUUGCUAUUAUUCAUAAGCAAACAGGGCCAGCAAUAAAGUCGAUUGCUUGUAAUGCUACCAGUAAGCCAUGCGUACCUAGCAAACCAUGUAGCACUCACAACACUGACGUUGCCAUUACUUCUGGUCACCUUGAUUUUGGGAAGUGGUCUACCUCUUUCUUUGGUCGCUAACUUAGCACUGUAACUCAAUGAAUGGAAUGCUUUUUUUAAUAAGACGUUAACAAUGUCCUCCGUUUCCAUUGUGCAUUUAGGAUCUCGCUAUCGCAGAUUUCACUUGCUCUGCGUCUCUGACUGAGCACCGCGGCAAUGCAGACCGGGUUUGUUAUCGACAGCGUUGCCAGAUUGGGCAGAUUUCCCGCCGAAUGAUAAUUUUUCCAGCCUAACAUGGUUAAAAGUAGCCCAAUUGGGUGGGAAAUCUGACCAAUCUGGCAACACUGCUCAACAUCCAGGGAUCCUGCUUAUUGGUUCAUAGCGCAGACGGAUAGAUUUUUGCGCGAAUCAGACCCCUUAAGGUCCCACCCACUCAGAGGAGGACUUUCCUCCUCUCUCCCAUUGAAACCCAUGUUAUCCACCGGCCGCCAGUACUUUCGGGGAAAUGAAUGGGAGUGGACGGUGGAUGACGGAGGACGUUCCUCCCUGAAGUAAUUGUCAAUAGGCGAUAGGGGGUGCUAAUGUCCCUUUACCCAGGGAAACGAACAUUAUAUAUUCAAAGGCAAUAAAGUAGUCAUAUUUAAGGGCAUUAAUUCAUUACAAUAGUCUGGGCAUCUAUAUUUUUUAUUCUCAACAAUGUUAGGGAGGAUCUUCCUCCCUCUCCUCAAUGGAGAAGCCUCCACUGAUACAUACAUACAUACAUACAUACAUGCAUACAUACAUACAUACAUACAUACAUACAUACAUACAUACAUACAUACAUACAUACAUACAUACAUACAUACAUACAUACAUACAUACAUACAUGUACACAAACACGUACAGGUACACACACAAACCUACAGGCCAAUUACCCACGUCCACACACAAACACCCACGUACAGGCAUACACACACCGCACACACCCAUACAUACGCACACAAACAUACACACACACACAUACACAUACAUACACGAAUCAUCAGUCAACUAAGCGCUGCUUUUGUUUUCUUGUCUCACACUCUGAAGAGAACCCUGGAUUUUAUAUUGGACCAUUGUCUGCCAAGAUGUAGCGAGAGGUCACGAUCAAACCCAGCAAUAACCAAACGUGGAUUUUUUUCUUUGAGAAAUAUACAUGUAUGUACGGCAUUGCAAAUAACCAAAUCCUGUACACUCACCUGCUAUAGAUAGGAAAUGUUAUACAGCAUUUAUAAUCAAUCAUGCACCUUAUCUUUAACCCUAGUGAUAUUUAAGAUGUACGUAAACUGUCUUUAGUUUUUUUUUAUUGUGAUACUUACUGUCUUUUUUUUUUUUUUGUGAUUCUAAUAGUGUGUUUGUGUUGAGGCCGUCUGCGACGGUCACCAGGACUCAAGAGUGGCUGUUACCAUGGAUACCAUGGGUUGUGUGUGUGCUUGUGUGCAUGUUUGCAUGUGUGUGUGUGUGUGUGUGUGUGUGUGUGUGUGUGUGUGUGUGUGUGUGUGUGUGUGUGUGUGUGUGUGUGUGUGUGUGUGUGUGUGUGUGUGUGUGUGUGUGUGUGUGCUUGUCCAUGCCUGGGUUUGCAUGCCAAGAGACCAAGAGAGGGAGAUAGAGAGGUAGAGAGGACUGUGAAAAGAUAAAGAGUGAGGGAGUGACCCAACUACAAUCAGAAAAUGACCACUUGAGAUUCCCCCCAAGGUGUGGCCACCACGUCCUGCUUAUAUUAAGCAUCUCCCCUCCAGAACAUCUGCAUUUGACAUAAUAUGGCACUUAUCUUAUACCAUAUCCUGGUACGAAAAACGAUCUACCAAAUCCUACAUUUGGUUUGAAAUCAUCUUUCAAAGCAGAAGUCUUCAUCUUCUUCUAUAGUGUUGAUAAGAUGCAGCUGGUAUUUUAAUUUUCAAUUGGACAUUUUGUAUUGAUCUGUGAUAUUGAUGAGAGUAUAGGCAGUGUUCACGUCAGCGGCCCGAAUUUAUUCACCAUGAGAGGCAUCUCCUACAAUGCUGAGCAGUGACUUCCUAAUGCUAAUCAGCAUUAGCAUUUUGCCGUACAUCGAAUGCUUACGGAAGGUUCUUGAAAAGAGUGAAUAGAGCAAGUUAUUGUUAGUGCAAACUAGAGCCUGGAAGGAUCUCCACAGUGAUUAUUUUUGAUUAUCAUUGACAAAAAUACAUGUAUUCAUGUAUUUUCUGAGGAUCUUCCCUAUUGUCCUUAACCUCUGACCUUUGUAUCCACGCUGAGACACUUUGGACUGAUGUUUUCUAACAGACAGAAGGGGAGCUUUUAGAAAGUGAAUCGGAACUUUAUGACUACUAAUGGUUUGAGUCUUCUCCUUGGUGGAUACACAGGCCCUCUCGAGGUCUCGGAGAUCCUGCAGUGGACAGAGAGCAGCUCCGCUGUGGUGUCGAUGGCGUGAGUGUUGUGUGAUGGGUGGAAGGCCUGGUUCUCUGGAUGUGGUCGGACGUUGUGGGUGAGCUUUUGUAAGUUUAUAAGCUGUCUAUAUUAUUUUUGUCUUGUUUAUUUUAAAAGAAAGAUGUAAAAAGAAUUGCGUCAGCACCUUAGCCUAGCUUCUAAGUCUUAUCCCAACCUAGUUGUUCAUAACAGUUGCCAUGAUGAAACAACGAGGGCCCUCCAACAUGUAUCUGAAGCUCCACCCUCUCUUCCUCAUGGGUCGUGUGUUCCUGUUUCAUUUGCUGCUCGUCAACAGGGUUAGGUUAAAAUCCCUUAUUUAGACCAUGUUUAAAGCUGUUUGUGUGCAUUAGUCUGAAUAUCCAAGCUGUGCUUAAACUCUCGCUGUAGAACGAUGAGCUCCAGAGUCCCAGUUGCUACUGCCUGACGCCAGGAACCCAGAGGACGAGACGCUGUGGGGUUAGACCUGGUAGAGGACAUGUUGUUAGGCCCGUCUAACUAGAGGACUGACAUGUUGUUAGGCCUGUCUAACUGGAGGACUCUAGUUUAAGACUGGAGACACUAACAUGUUGUUAGGCCUGUCUUGUAGAGGACUCUAGUUAAAGAUUGGAGACACUAACCUGUUGUUAUAUCUGUUGAACUAGAGGACUCUAGUUUAAAGUGAGACUGUUAUGCCUCUGUGGCUCUUUGACAAAUUGCACUUUGAAACCCAUGUGGGUCUUCCCCUGAAAAUAGGCACCAAUGUUGUUCAGAACAAAGCAUGUUAUCGGUGAUGUGUGGUAACCAACUCAACACAGCAGGCCUACCUGGGGAAAGACAGGAAACCACAUUGCAUUGUAUGAGAAUAUGACAAAUUGAUUCAGAUUGAAAGCACUUGAAAAGGGUAAGAAUUCCUAAACUGGCAGUUUAUAUAUAUAUAGAGAUAUGUAUCUCUCUCUCUCUCUCUCUCUCUAUAGAGAGAGAGAGAGAGAGAGAGAGAGAGAGAGAGAGAGAGAGAGAGAGAGAGAGAGAGAGAGAGAGAGAGAGAGUUGAGUAUAGCCUUAGGUAUUGGGCAGGAGAGAGGCUGGUGGUAGUCAUGACUACUGAUUUAUGCACUUUGACCUAAUUUUCACGCCAGGCUGUCACAGAAUCACUGAAAGCUAGCCUUGAUUGGCAUCGCUGAUUGGGCCGAUAGAGUCUGGAGGUUAGAGAGACAUUUGGAGGAUUCCAACUUGCUUCAGCUAAAGACACCAAGUCGAAGAAAUGUCCCCCUCAGCUAGGGCGAUGUGACGAUGUGAGCUCAUUUAUAGGGAUUCGGCCACUAUCUGAUAAGGCUUUGAUUGGAGGAGAUGAUUUCGAGCUUGCUUCCAUCCAGGACAAAUGUCAUAGGUGAGUUUGAGCUGCACUUGGUCUCCCAGUAUAUAACUGCUGGACCAUGGCUGUUUGUAUUUCCCUUCUUCUUCCUGGGAGCUUGCCCCUCCCUCAACUUCCAUGACCCCUAUUGAGGAGUUGGGACCCCCUGUUGUGCCUCUGUUCUCUCUUGAACUCACUGCUACAUCAGCAUCUCAAGGGGUGGUUGGUUAUUGAGGAGGUCAACAACCAACCACCACUUGGUUGAUCAUCCCUUUUCUUACCAGAAAACUCAUGCAACAGAGCGUCAGUUUGUUGCCCAAAAAAGGAAUACCAUUCAGAAUCUGUCCCUUAUUGUUUUUAUUGCACUUUACCCAAUGUAGCGCCUCCAUGUGGCAGCCUCUGCGAACCUGCAUUCAGACUGCCCACACUGAGAGGAGUGGCCGUCUUAGAUGACCUCCAGAGCAGUAAUAAUAGUAGUAAUUUAAUAAUAAUGUAAUUGCUAUUUUUGUGUGUGGCUCUUUUUUUUGUAGCCACAGUGUUCAUUAGCAUUGAGGAAGAGGAGGCAGUAAUGUUGAAGACAUUGUUGUCACAAUGAGUCUUCAUCCCAGGCUGGUGUUGGGAGGCUGUCGGACCCCUGGUCCACACAUAGGGGUCUGGGAUUGGGGUGUUCUACGCUGUGGGUCACCCCUCCGUCAUGCAGGGGGGCAGAUUGAGUCUCAAGGCCCCAUCAGGCCCUCCUCACCUGGACACCACGCCCGUGUCAGGGUCGAGCUAGGGAGUCCGAUGGGCUUGGCGUAGCUCCAGGAAACAUUUGGACGGACGAGAUUCAAACCAAAUCCAAGGGUGUUUUUUUACUAUCGUUCUUAUAUUGAUCUUCCAAGAAGAUUGUGUGGAGACAGAAUGUACAUAAGGGUUAUGAAAAAAAACAACAAGAUGCUUUUAGGAGGGAUGUGACUAAAAGAUGAGUGGACUCAGAACUAGUUCUGUUAUUUUGACCUUAUUCUGAGUGGAUGGCAGAAUAGGUUUGUUUUGCACGAUGAAGAUGGUAAUUCUCCUGAACAUCAUGUAGUAACUUUCCUCUGUUGAACAGAAAUAUGUCUUUUAGCUAUAGAUGCAAAUGCUGAAAUAAAUAGGAAAUAAAUAGUGAAUUCAAAGACCUAUUUGAAUUUAACAUAUACCCUCUACAUUUUCCAUACUAACUCACACUGCAGCUGUAUUUUAAAAUGAAUCAUAACAGCUACUGUCAUUUAACAAUUCUCCACAUUAUAAUGUAAACAAUGUCUUAUACAAAGGCCAUGUGUAGGUAGUAGUUGUUGACUAUAUUAACACAUACUAAAACGCAGACUUUAGUGUCUAGGGGUGCUAUUAACAUUAGACUGUGUUUUCUGUCUUUAAUUGUAUUAUUGACUAGUGUUCACCAUCUGUAACACAGGAGAGCAACAUUUCAAUAUUAAACAGUAAAGAUAUAUUAUUGCAAAACUGGGUGUGUUCUGUUAUUUUUAUAUGCUGUGAAUUGUGAAUGACCUUUUGAUUCAAAGGGUUAGGGUUAGCAGUAACCUUACCAGUUUACAGAAGCAAUAACGGGUAUACUGCCAUCUAGUUGUAGAAUAAUACUGCAACAUCCUGUUGGAAUAUUGUUUUAUUCUACCAAGAGCAACAUAUGACUUAAAGGGGUAGACCAGUGCAACCAAGGUCAGAAGAGAACUACCAGUAUUUAUAUAUUUAACAUAAAAGCAAGCAAAUAUAAAAGUAUAAUCAAAGCAAAUUAUUAACUACAGUAAACCAGUACAGCAAUGUAAAUAGAGUCAGCAUUAGAACAUCUUGCCUAAUUGCCUAAUUAUGAGAUUCAUGUCCUGUGGGAUCCUGUUAACUAUCUGAAAGAGUGACCAGCCCAGAUGUGUGAUACUGUUUGAGGAGGUUGGGGGUCCAGGGGGUGAGGAGGAGGUCAUAUCUUGGUCAUACGCAGGGUGUUCAGGCGGACCCCCAGGAUGGUGGCCCCUGCAGCAUACUGCAUGUUCCUCAGGACGCCCAUCCACUUCCUGUCCUCCUCGUUGAACCUGGAGACGGACAACAGAAACAUGAGGAGGAUGUGCUGGUAUAGAUGCUGUCACAUGACCCAUCAUAGGAACAAAGGACGAGCAGGAUGGAGCUGACUGUUUAGACGAAUGAAUGAACAAUAGAGUCAAUGUACUGCUUAACC